GGCAAGGCAAAGGAGCUGAGCGAGGAGUCCCCACGUGAAUCCGUGUGAACAUGGCGGCGAUUCAAGAGCCGGAGGUCCAGUUCGCACAGAGAUUAGCCUCCAACGAGAAACCCAUCCGGACCAAAGCGAUAAAGAAACUGAGGAAGUACAUAACUGUCAGGUCUCAGAAAGCGACAGGUGGAUUCACAGGUGAUGAGCUGCUCAAGCUGUGGAAGGGUCUGUUCUACUGCCUGUGGAUGCAGGACAAACCGCUGCUCCAGGAGGAGCUUUCGAAGCAGAUCUCUAGCCUGAUCCACAGCUUCCAGGAUGUAGAUGGACAGUUGUUGUAUCUGGAGAGCUUCCUGCAGACCAUCAAAAGAGAGUGGACAGGUAUCGACAGGCUGCGGAUGGACAAGUUCUUCCAGCUGGUUCGCUUCGUGUUCAGACAGACGUUUGAGAUGCUGAAGAGGAGGACCUGGGACAGCAGUGUGGUCUCCAGGUUUCUGGAGCUGCUGUCAGCACAGGUCCUGCAGAGCAGCGGCGAUGCUCCCAUCGGGCUGCAGUUCCACAUCCUGGACCUUUACAUGAGCGAACUGGCCGCCGUGGGUUCAGCAGAGCUCACCGCUGAUCAGAACUUGAUCUUCAUUCAGCCGUUCUGCAAAACAGCAGCCAAAACCAAAGACCGGGUUCUUUUCAGAGCCGUCUGCAGCAGCAUCUUCAGCACCAUUAUCAACCAGGCUCCCUUCGCUAUCGAAGAUCUGAUGAAGGAGGUGGAAGCAGCUGGGGCCUCGGACUCAGACUCAGGACAGGCUUCUGAAGAAGACGACGAAGAAGACCGACUGAAAGGGAAACCAUCGGGCAAAGCAGUCGUCAGGAAGAAGACAGUGAAGCAGAUUAACGGUACAGCAGGCGAUAAAUCAAACCAAGAGGAGGAGGAAGAAGAUGACGACGAGGGAGAUGAGGAUGAUGAUGAUGAGCUUCACUUGGAGGACUCUGACACAGAGGCACCAUGUGACGAUGACAUCGGACCCGUCCUACAGUUUGACUAUACGGCUCUGGCAGACAAGCUGUUUGAGUUAGCCAGUCGGAGCAACACACCGAGCCACAACAGACAGAGACUCUACAAGAUCAUCAAAGUACUGCGUGACCUCAGCGAAGGCGUCUUCCCUCAGGAUGAGUAUCCAGAGGAGGUCUCCACUGACGAGGACGAUGACAUGUUCGCCAGCAGGAAGAGGAUGAAGAGGGGUGGACGCGUGGAGGAGGAUGAGGAGGGAGCGCCAGCAUCCAAGAAAAGUAAAGGGAAGAAAAAGAAGGCUUCAAAACUCAACAAGCAAAGUGAGCACUCGGCUGAAGCUGAAAGUGAACCCGCCGACCUCACUGUGAAUGAUGAAAACAAAAAGAAAAAGAGGAAGAGGAAGAAGAAGAAGAAGAAAGCAGCGCAGGGUGGAGGCGAGGGUGGUGAAAAUGCAGAGAGGUGCGAACAGGAGCAGAUUGUGGGUCCAAUUAAAGAGACCGAAGGUUCACAGAAGGAGUCUGUAAACAUCUCAGAAGCAGCUCCUCCAGAGGGUCAGUCAGAAACUCUGCUCCUCUCUGAGGCGAAGAAGCAGCCUUCGGUCACAGUCACACCGACGCCAGGCACGACCGGCAACGAGGAGCAAUCUGAAAAGUCCUCAAAGAACAAGGAGACUUCUGAGCUGACAGCAGCAGAGGAGCAGCAGACUCCCGCGAGAACAGAGACGCCCGGCGACGCUGCAGCCUCAACGAAGAAGAAGAAAAGGAAGAAGGCCCUGAAGGCGAAGUUAGAAAAGGGGUUAGAAGACGGGACUGUGGCCGAAUCACAGCUCAGUGCAGAAGCAGAGAGCACACCUGUCGGUAGUGAGGAGCCCACACCUGAGGCCGAUACCACAACCCCCGGCAAGAAGAAGAAGAAGGGCCUGAAUCUGCAGCAGGUGGAGGGUGACCCAGCGCUUAAUGGUGUGAGCGCAGAAGAAGCUUCUACAACUGCAGCCAAGAAGAAGAGUAAGAAAAAGAACCUCAAGGCUGAUGAAGCGACAAAGGUGGAGGCUGAUACACAGGUGGAGGUGGAGGGACCACACACUGAUGCUGAAAUCACUUCAGUUGGCGAGGAAGCGUCACCAGAUGCCUCCGCGGUGCAGAAGAAGACAAAGAAAAAGAACAAGCUGGAGGACACGACACCUGAAGCUUCGCCUGCAGACGAAAGUGCUGCAACUCCGCUGAAGACGAAAAGGAAAGGGAAUCAAAAAGAGUCAGAAACCACGCAGGUGGCGGACGCCGAGAAACGGCUGAUCGGCAUGACAACGCCAGCAAAGAAGAAGAAAACGAAGCCGGCGGCAGCCCAGGUGGAGGAGAUCGAAGAUCAAACCCAGGUGCAGGUGGUUGGCGGUGAGGAUGCUGAGCUCCCGCAGGACAAAGCCCAGGUCGUCUCCCCCUCCAGGAAAUCAGCCAGGAAGAAAAGAAAGAUCCCUGUCGUGUUUGAGUUCGAGGCCGAUGAGGUGGAGGCGGUGGCAUCCAUCAACGGCCUCACUGAAGAAGAGACCGUCGCCAAGAAGACGAAGCUCGUCAGUGAUGCCGCAGAGCUGUCUACACCCCUGAGCACGAAAAAGCCACAAAAGAAGGCGAAGACUCCCUCUGGGUCAGCGCCUGACUUCAUCACCUUUCAGAGCGACGCUGCAGUCCCGAUGCCACUCUUUUACAAAACCAAGGGACGCCCCAGCACCCCGCGGGCCAGCAAGAAGAAGAUUCAGACUCCAAAAUCAGAAUCCAAGAAGGUGACCUUCGGCCUCAAGAACAACAAGACAGCUGAGUUUAGGAAGACUGAUCGCAGCCUGCUGGUGAGUCCAGACGGGUCGUCACGAGUGCCCUUUGACCCGGAGCAGAAACCCAAGUUUGGGGUGUUGAAGUCUCCGGCCACACCCCUCUCCACCAGAGUCAAAAAGACCCCCGGCAGCACCAGGAAGACCAGCUCCAGCACUCCAAAGAGUGCGCCUAAACGCCGACCCUCCGCCGCAGACUUCUUCUGACAGACUGGGUGCAACGCUGUCUGUGAGCUCUUUGAUAGACUGAUUUCAAACACGUCAUGUUUUGGAGAGAUGUAUAGAAGUAUUUUUAUGUUCAUCUGACAUCAGUGUUGCUUUCUGCCUCUUCGAGUGACUCCAGCUUUUAAUAAAGUUACUCAUUCCAGUUUUUCCAAUUUU